AUGACGGACUUGAACAUCUCCCAUAUGAACUCUGCCACUGCGGCUACCAGUAAUCUGGUUUACCGACUUGUGUCGAAAGCAGGUGACACCCCACUACUUAGAGUGAUGAGCAAUACAGGAGAAAUAUUUACCACCUCCAAUCGUAUCGACAGGGAGAAACUCUGUCCAGGCCCCUCUUUUGAAGACAGCGAGUGUUCCUUUGAAAUUGAGGUGGUCAUUUUGCCCAAUGACUAUUUCAGAUUAAUCAAAAUUAAAAUCAUUGUCAAAGACACCAAUGACAAUGCCCCCAUGUUCCCCUCGCCUGUGAUCAACAUUUCAAUUCCGGAAAACACACUCAUCAACAGCCGCUUUGCUAUUCCCUCUGCCACUGAUCCAGAUACCGGACCCAACAGCGUACACAAAUACGAGCUGUUGAACGGGCAGAGCGCCUUCGGUUUGGAUAUUGUGGAGACACCAGAGGGUGAGAAAUGGCCUCAGCUUAUCGUUCAGCAGAAUUUAGAUAGAGAACAGAAAGAUACUUAUGUGAUGAAAGUCAAAGUGGAGGAUGGGGGGAACCCACAGAAAUCCAGCACUGCCAUUCUACAGGUGACUGUCACUGAUGUUAAUGAUAACCGGCCUGUCUUCAAAGAAAGCCAAAUCGAGGUCCACAUCCCAGAAAAUUCUCCCGUCGGCACAUCUGUAGUUCAGCUGCAAGCCACUGAUGCAGACGUGGGUGCCAAUGCAGAAAUAAAGUACAUGUUUGGGGCCCAGGUGUCUCCAGCGACACGGAGACUUUUUGCUCUGAACUCCACCACUGGGCUCAUAACAGUUCAAAGGCCGCUUGAUAGAGAGGAGACCGCCAUUCAUAAACUCACAGUACUAGCCAGCGAUGGAAGCUCGAGUCCAGCAAGAGCCACCAUCACUAUCAAUGUGACUGAUGUGAAUGACAAUGCUCCAAACAUUGACCUGAGAUACAUCAUCAGUCCAACUAAUGGUACUGUAAUGCUUUCUGAAAAAGAUCCAAUUAACACCAAGAUUGCCCUCAUUACUGUAUCUGACAAAGACACAGACGUCAACGGCAAGGUGAUUUGCUUCAUUGAAAAAGAUGUUCCAUUUCACCUCAAAGCAGUUUAUGAUAACCAGUAUUUGUUAGAAACAUCUGCACUGCUUGAUUAUGAAGGAACCAAGGAGUAUAUCUUCAAGAUUGUUGCUUCUGACUCUGGAAAACCUAGUCUGAACCAGACCGCCCUGGUUAGAGUACGGCUGGAGGAUGAGAAUGACAAUCCACCCAUUUUCACCCAGCCUGUCAUUGAGCUGGCUGUCAUGGAGAACAACCAACGUGACAUGUUCCUGACAACCAUCAGUGCCACAGAUGAGGACAGUGGACGGAAUGCAGAGAUUGUCUACCAGCUUGGACCCAACGCAUCAUUUUUUGAUCUUGACCGCAAAACAGGAGUGCUAACCGCAUCCAGGGUGUUUGAUAGGGAGGAACAAGAGCGGUUCCUCUUUACGGUCACCGCUAGGGACAAUGGCACCAGGGCUCUGCAGAAUCAAGCUGCAGUCAUAGUGACCAUACUGGACGAGAAUGACAAUAGCCCUAAAUUUACACACAACCACUUUCAAUUCUUUGUGUCAGAGAAUCUGCCUAAAUAUAGUACAGUUGGAGUAAUCACAGUCACAGAUGCAGAUGCUGGUGAGAAUGCCGUGGUGAGACUCUCAAUCCUUAACGAUAAUGAGAACUUCAUCCUUGACCCAGAUUCUGGAGUCAUAAAGUCCAAUGUAUCCUUUGACCGAGAGCAGCAAAGCUCCUACACCUUUGACGUCAGAGCUGUGGACAAUGGAAGCCCUCCAUGUUCGUCAGCUGCCAAGGUGACCAUCAAUGUCAUUGAUGUCAAUGAUAACCCCCCCAUCGUCAUCUACCCACCAUCAAACACCUCUUUCAAACUAGUGCCACUGUCUGCGAUUCCGGGAUCGGUUGUGGCCGAGGUGUUUGCAGUAGAUGGCGAUACAGGUAUGAAUGCAGAGCUCAAGUACACUAUUGUGAGUGGCAACACAAGAAGUCUUUUCAGAAUUGACCCCGUAACAGGAAACAUCACGUUAGAGGAGAAACCCACUGUGGCAGACAUUGGCCUCCACAGGCUGGUGGUCAACAUCAGUGACCUAGGCUAUCCAAAGUCCCUGCACACUCUUGUCCUAGUUUUCCUGUACGUAAACGACACGGUUGGAAAUUCCUCAUACAUACAUGACCUCAUCCGUCGGACAAUGGAAACGCCACUGGAUAGGAACAUUGGCGAGAGCAGUGAGACUUAUCAGAAUGUUGACAACCUAAAAACCAUCAUUGCCAUUGUGACAGGCGCUAUGGUAGUGAUUGUGGUCAUCUUCAUAACAGUUCUGGUGCGCUGCCGAAACGCCUCACAGUUCAAGGCGGCUCAGAGAAAGAAGCAGGGUACCGAGUGGAUGUCCCCCAACCAGGAGAACAAGCAAAACAAGAAAAAGAAGCGCAAAAAGAGGAAGUCGCCAAAGAGCUCCCUCUUGAACUUUGUCACCAUCGAGGAGAACAAACCCGACGACUCUGCCCACGAACCCAUAAACGGAACCAUCAGUCUCCCGGCUGAGCUCGAGGAGCCCGGGAUUGGACGCUUUGAUUGGAAUGCCACCCCUACUACCACCUUCAAGCCCAGCAGCCCAGACUUGGCCCGGCACUACAAGUCCGCUUCACCCCAGUCGGCCUUCCACCUCAAAGCUGACACUCCGGUGUCUGUGAAAAAGCAUCAUGUGAUACAGGAGCUGCCACUGGACAAUACCUUUGUUGGGGGCUGUGACACGCUUUCCAAACGUUCCUCCACCAGCUCCGAUCACUUCAGUGCCUCAGAAUGCAGUUCACAAGGAGGCUUCAAGUCAAAGGGGGCACCUUUGCACACCAGACAGGGAACGCUUACCCGCGCCCGCACCGAACUGAACCCCGACUAUCUGGACCUUCGCUCUAGAGCCGAGCUGAACCCAGAGUACUGGACGCCCUGCACUCCUCUAAUUGAAAGUUAA